GUGGUCACUGCCCAAGGAACGUCACGUGAUAAGUUGCGUGAAUUUCAACGGUCAACAAGGAGAUGUAAUUUCCUUCCAAAAUCUCACACGAUCGGAUCACGCACUGAUUUAAUCGGAAGAACACGAAAAGUUAGCUGAAGGGUCUGCACUUAAGGGGAUGGAGGUUAUUUCUCGCGUAUUUCAGCUGACUACAACCGAAGCUUCGACAACUGACAACAAACAAGUACGAAUCGCAGAGAAGCCUCUCGAUCAGAUCUUGUCCACUACAGCAGCAUCACUUUCUAUCCUGGGAUCUUUAACUAUUAUUAUCACGUUCUGCCUGUGGCCCGAUGUGAGAACAAAAUCUCGUCUUAUGAUCGUUUUUAUAUCGGUUUGCGAUCUCCUGGUGGCCAGCUUCAACAUAAUAGGCAUCUUUUUGAACAAGGACCCAAGAACUUGUAAAAUCCAAGCAACGGUUAACAUCGCUGCCAUUUUGUCAUCUUUCUUUUGGACCGUGUAUUUAUCCCUUUAUUUUUAUUUGACGAUUUGCAAAAAAAUUACUGAGAGGACGGAGAAAAUCACUAUGUGGUUGUUUCAUGUAACGGCAUGGGGAAUUCCUGUGGUGAUAGCGGCGGUAGGCUUUGGGGUACAAGCAGUAGGAAACACCCAUGACAUGGUGUCAUCGGGAUGGUGUUGGAUCAAGUAUGAAAGUGGAAAAGCAUGGUGGAGGACUGUUUUGUGGAUGUUCAUUGCUGGAAAGGGAUGGGAAAUCUUAGCAUACAUUGCAAUUUCCGUGUUCUGCGUUUUGGUUAAGUUGAAAAUCAAACAGGAGGUAGGUGUUACCCGUUUGACCCCACUCCAUGGCCUCAAUCCCUCUCUUCCAUAACAUUCAAGUACCCACUGGUAAGCACACCCAUCAAAUUGCCCUUGAUAGGGUCCGCACAAUCAACACUGUCAGUAUUGUAGACCGGAAUUGUAACAAAAUUACGCUUUUACAGAAAAGAGGGCUGUGCAGUAGAUGUAGAGCAGUACAGACAUUUCAUCUUAUUGUUUCGUUUUGUUUUGUUUUCCAUCUUUAUAGCUCAAUUGUGGAUUUGUUCCAGGGAGCCAUUUUCUGACUCUGAAAUCAGUUGAAGUGGCAAGAAAGGCAGAACUAAAAUUAAUAUUUAUCCCUGUGGUGUUCAUUUUGUUACGCAUCUGGGGGACCAUAAGAUUUAUUUUUUUCUUGGCUUAUCACCCUGGUGACCCACACGCGCAGAAAUGGCUCAUUAUACUCCAUGUAAGUACUUUACUCGAUUGCCUCUAAAGUUUCCUUUGUGGUUGAAUUAAAAUGACAACAUAUAUCCAGAUAUUUUUUCUUGUCAGAAUUUUACAACUAAAGAAUUUAGUUCAAAUUUUCUCAUUUAUCUUUUUCAUAUUACUAGAUAUUAUAUAAUAAGCUCAGUUAUGCAUGCAUUCUGAUUGGUUCUCACCUAUGAUCUAUUGGAGGACAGGUGUAAAGAUGACAUCAUCAUUAAAAAUUUUUUUCCAUAUAUUUUAAUUCUUUAUUAUAUAUAACAAAUAGAUUCCAAGUUGCCAUGCGUCUGUUCAGUAAUAGAUCACAGAGGACGUCAAAAUGUGGUAAGAACAUCAGUGACACACUCUGCUGUGCCUCAUGUGCCUCUUUUUUGUUCUUACCACAUUUUGACGUCAUCUGUGAUCUAUUACUGAACAGAAACGCAUGGCAACUUGGAAUCUGUUUGUUAAAUAGACAAUAUAAAUCUAGAAAUCUGAAGUCUACAGAGUUUGGACCAUAAGUCACAUCCAGUACCCUCUAACUAAACCCCAUUAGUGAAGGGGGUGCAUGGAAGUGCUGUAGCCUGAUCGACUGCAAGAUUCUCCUACUAGAUUGUCCUGUCUCUUUGUUGAACAUAAGGAGAGUUUGAUGUUGUUUCUAAUAAGAUACAUGACAAAAAUACUCAAUUUUAACUGGAUAAGAUACAUGCAGUUUUCAGGUAAUUCAAUGCAGAAGAGAGUUAAUUCAGUCCAAAGAAGUAACAAACCAUACUGAACAAUUCCUUGAACUGUUUAGCCAGACUUUGAACUUUUUUAUGCCUUAAAGAUGUGAAAAUAUCAUUGUAUAUUAUUGUUUUGAUUGUACGUAGUUGUUUUGACCAAAUGCACUGUUUGAAUAAAUUAUUUUUGCACUUGAUGUGCAGGCUUUUCCUCUGCAUAAUUAUGAUAAUCUAACUCUUGUUUUUUCAUGUAAAUUAUUAAUACAUAAUCACAUGAUUUUUCUCAUGCAAUUUGGAAUAAAUAAGCACUCAUAAAUUUUUUCAAAAACCAGAAAUUGCACUCACCCCAUGGGCUUGUGCAAUUUUGUUAGUCUUUGAAAAAAUUCACAUGUGCUUAUUUAUUCCAAAUUGCACUUGAAAUGAUGUGAUUACCUAAAGUAUAGAAACAUUGGCUCAGGUAAAGCCAUCAGUUGACCCUUUUGUAUAUAUUAAAUAAUUAAUUCAAUAUAUAGUGGUUUGGAAGGCUGUAAAAUGGGAGUUGCAUUGACAGAUUGAGUUUAAAAGCUCACACUAAUAUGGUAGGUAUAUAUAUAUAGGAGAGAAGGAGAGACUUCAGUUAACUUAGAUUAUUAUUUACAAGUAUUCCAGUAAUCAAGUCAUAAUGUGAUUCUAAGGUGUAAAUGGUUAGAAUUUUGAACAAUGUAGUAUGUGUAAAAUUGAACUAAAGUAUUCAAAGGUAUUUGAUUUUUUACUAAAUUACUUUAAUUAUUCCUGUUUAAUUUCAGGGAAUUGGUGAUAACAGUCAGGGAUUUGCCGAUUUUGUUCUGUUUUGUUUAUUUACUGUCAAGAUUAGGAACAAGUUCAGACAUUGUUGUGGCAGGUUUAUACCAUUUUGUAAAUAUUCUGAAGAACAAGAUCCCUUGUCUAGGAGUACAAAUUUAUGUUAUGGAGCAGUUGAUUAGUUUUGUUUUUUUUUUAUCUGAAAAGAUAUUUUUAAACUCUUUGGAGACCUGGUUGUAGGUGGAAGAUAACUUAUGUAGAUGAAUGGGUCUACCAAAAUUCCAAUGUGAUUUCUGAUAAACUGGCAGAUUGUCACUCCAAAUUGUCAGUAUGUUUCUCUAAUGAAACAAAGGGAGAGUUUGAGCUGAACUCAAAAGUCACUCGGGCCUCUGUUCCAUUGACCCCUUUAAUUAAUGACAAAGGUGGUUAAAGAUGGAGAAGAAACCAGAUAAAAACCAUUAAUGCUUGAUAUGUUGAUAAGAUGGAUCAGGGUUGUUAAGAACUUCUGUUAAAUUCUGAAUAGAUAUGUGUUGGGGAUUUUUCUUUAACCUUUUCUCAAAUGUCCUAUUUGACUAACAAUUUUUAAUGUGCAAACGUGAAGGCUUUGUUGACCCACUAGCUCUAACCUUAAGUCAAGGCCAACUCAAUCUAAUAAGAGCAUGUUUUAUAUCAUGAUGUUUAGGAGAUUUAAGUCUGUAGGUUGUAGUGGAUGCCUUGAUGUUCGUAUUUAGGGUUACCAAUGAUAAAGGGAGGCAGAUAAUUUAUUCCUAGCCCUCCUUCUAGCAUCCUAGACAAAUAAAAAGGAAAAUAAUACAUGUAGCCUCAACUGCACUUACACAAAAUAUUGUAUUUCCUAGAAUAAGUACCUGGGCACUUACUUAAACUUUUGGCUAAAAAGGAAAGGCAGUUAUAGGAAGGAGUGUGCUUAAUCAAGGGGGGUGCUUAUUGAGAUUGUGCAGCAUUAGAACAAAAAUUGAAAGAACAGAUGACACAUAAAGGAACUGUGCAAGCAAAUAGAAAUAGAAAUAACUAGAACAGGAUAGAUUUGAACUAUUUUCUUGUACUGAUUCCACAGUAGUUCCAGCUUAAAAAGCUGUUAAUAAAGUGGCAAUAUAAACAGGUUUUCCAUAUAUCCAGACUAUUCAAGAAAUUGGAGGAGAACGGGGGUGCUUGUUUGAUACAAUGGCAAAGGAGGGCCAUAACCACCUUACGCAAAGUGAUUACAGUGAGAUAUGUUGCAAUCCUUGACCAAUGAGAGCGUGCAUCUCCUUAAAUACUAUGUACUGACCCUGUGUUAUGUACUCAUCAGAUGAACUAAUCAAUCGAUCAAGGAUUUAGGCAUUUUACUAUAUAUAUCAUAUCAUCAAUAAUUUAUAAUUGAUAUUUAGCUUUUUUAAAGUAUUUUAUGUUAGUUUUUAAAUGGCACGUAUUGGUCAAUAUUAGAUUAUUUUGAGAUAGUAAUUUUGAUGAUGGUGAGAUCUGCAGAUACAAAUUUAUGUUAAGUUUUUAAUUGUUAGGUUUACUUAUUUUAUUUCAGUUGUUUUAAAGCAC